UAAACCAAACAAUGACGUGUACCAAUCAUAUUUAGCCUUAUAGAUUAAUUACCAUGUACACGACCGCAUACGAUUCCUCGUAAUCUUGAUCUCCGUUUCGUUGCUACCUUGGUGACAAAGUAUCAGAGAAAAAGAGUAAGAACGGUUCAUCGCAUUGCCGAAACAACUUUCAAAUCUCUCUCUUUUUUUGUUUCUUCGUUAUGAUUUGUAUCUCCGUUUUUUUUUUUUUUCCCAUUUGAUUCUUUAAACUUUUUCUCGUAGUUUCAGAAAUUUCGUAGGCAAUGGUGUUUUCUUAGCCACGAAUUCGUUCUUCUGUUUCUACUUCCCGUUUCAAUGGCGGUUCUGCGCUUUGAGGUACAGGGUACUGGGAGGAAGAGGAAGCGGAGAACUGAAAGAAGGCUUAGCGUUGAUGAAAAAGUAGAGGUGAGGAGUUUGGAAGAUGGUUUUCUGGGUUCUUGGCAUAGUGGGACUGUUAUUGCGUGUGAUAGUGGAGUUCGUCACGUUAAGUACGAUCAUCUUCUUCGGAAUGAUGGUUCUGAUUUCCUUGUUGAUGCUAUUUCCGUUUCUGCUGGUUUAGACGAUGUUAAUUUCUUGAGUGGGAAUACGGAUGUUCGAGGAAUUAUAAGGCCAAUACCACCUACGGUUGAUUUUGGAAAGUGGGGUUUGCCUUAUGGAUUGUGUGUUGAUGUGAAUUACCAGGAUGCGUGGUGGGAAGGUGUUAUUUUUGAUCACGAAGAUGGUUCUGAAGAGAGAAAAGUUUUCUUUCCAGAUUUGGGAGAUGAGUUGACUGUUGGAAUUGAAACAAUUCGUAUUACUCAGGAUUGGGAUGAGGCUACUGGGGAUUGGCAGAGGCGUGGGACCUGGAUGUUUCUCGAGUUUAUUGACCAAUGUGAGCAAGAAUCCUAUCUUCCUGUUUCUUUGAAGCAAAUAUGGUAUGAAGUACGGGUGAAAGAAGAUUUCAUGAAGAUUAGAGAGUGGACUUCUCCCAUGAACGAUUUGUGGAAGGAAUUGGUGAUGGAGGUUAUUGACGAAAAUUUAGAUGUUACUCUAAAGGAAAUGCUUCGGGUUUUAGAAAGUUCCUCCAGUGUAGGAUGUGAAUUAGGUAAAACUAAUAAUUGCAUGGACAAGAAUCCUUCAAUCAAUUUUGUUGACUUUGAUGCAGUUGCAAUUACAGGGGAAUCUGAAAAAAGUGAUAUGAUGAUCAGGAAUGAUUUCAAUCAGGAAAAUGCAUUUGAUGCCCUUGGUUUGGUAAUGGAAGAAGUGCACACACAUGAUAGGAGUGAUUUGAAUCAGGAAAAUGCUUUUGAUGACCUUGGUUUGGUAAUGGAAGAAGUGCAUACACAUGAUAGGUGUGAUUUCAAUCAGGAAAAUGCAUUUGAUGCCCUUGAUUUGGUAAUGGAAGAAGUGCACACACAUGAUGGGAAUGAUUUCAAUCAGGAAAAUGCAUUUGAUUCCCUUGGUUUGGUAAUGGAAGAAGUGCACACACAUGAUGGUUUGGAUGCAGAGUUGCUGGAUUCUGGUCCAAAUUCUGUUAAUAUUCAUCUAGUUCAAGGAAAACCUCUACUGGAUGAUGAUACCAAAAUGAAAUCUUCGAAUGAUCUAGAUUUUUCCUGCCUUGAUGAAGCAUUGUCUAUGCUGCCCAGAGGAUCAUCAUCUAAAACUUCUGAUGCUGAGGGAUUUUCUGGAGCUAGUGGUUCCAUUAGCCGUCAGCAAGUUCCAAUUAUUGAGCAUAAAAAUGUAAAAAAACAGCUGCAAUGUUCGGGGCGUAGAAGCUCUGUUAAGUGGGAAUUUCUUAGUGCUACAAUUCCUCUUGAUGCUGCAUCAUGCCCUGAUGCUGUUAUAGAAUAUUCACGUUUGGGUAAAGAAAAGCCUUCACAAGCUUUGCUCGAAAAUGUAAAGAAGCAUCUUUUAUAUCUUGGCUGGAAAAUUGAGUGCAGGAAUGAUAGGCCUAUUUUUAGAUAUACCUCUCCCAAUGGAAAGUGUUUCUGUUCUCUUCUCCAGGUGUGCAAGCUCUUGCAAGAACCCUCCACUGAGAUCCCUCCAUCUAUUUCCAGAAAUGGAAUGAGAAACAUGCAUGGCUCAGGUCAUGUAAUACUCUCAUCUAGUGUUGCACAGAGAGAAAGGAGUUCAAGUCCCAACAAUUGCUUUCAGACUACUUUUGAUGGUUCUGGCGUCGCUUUAGGACAACCUGAACUUUUGCAUAAAGCUGUCAUGGACUACUAUAACUUGAGUAAGUUUGGAAGAAAUGGAAUGAAGGGCGUGGUUAAAAUGCAAUCAGAAGCAAGGAGGCAUUUGUUAUCUUUGGGAUGGCGUUUGCUUGUCAACCCAAAAUGUAAAGGAGACAGGCAAAGAUGGCACUACACUUCACCUCUAGGAAGAACUUGUACGUCACUUGCAACAGCCUGCAAAAUCUGUUUAGAUGAAGAGGGUGUCGAUAAUAGUACAGACUCUCCUGGUAGAACAAUGGAAAAUAUAUUUUUAAUACAGAAGGCCGAGGGCCAGAUAGUGAAUAAUAAAUUUUACUCUGCACCAAGUAAUAUGGAUGAACAGGAAUGCUCGAUGCCUUCAGAUUCUAUCAGAACAUUUUUUGGAAAGUCUCCUGGAAUAUCUCCAACCAAAGAUCUCAUGGAAUUUAGUCAUGAUAAAUUUCAAAGGACUAAAAAACUCAGGAGCACGACUAAUUUAUUUGAUACUUCAUCUCACUUACUUCAAAGCCAACAUAAUUUAGAUGGUAUAGUGUAUGAAUCUGGCGUCCAGACUGUAUGCAAAAAGUAUGCGAGGCCCAUAAGGAGUUCUGGAGCAGUUAAGCAAAAACUGAACAGAGGAAAUGUAUCUGCAGGUGUCAAUAAAUUUUCAGAAGACAUGGAACGUAGGAGGUCAAUGCGUGUGUCACGCUCAAGCAAAAGAGUGCAUGAGGUGGUCACUCCAAGUCCUUCGCACCACAACCCUAGAACAGUACUCUCUUGGUUGAUAGACAACAAUAUGGUGUUGCCAAGGGCAAAGGUUUAUUACUGUAGAGGGAAGAGUCGUCAACCAUUGGCUGAAGGAAGGAUAUCUCGUGACGGAAUCAAAUGCUGCUGCUGUCAGAAGGUAUUUACUCUCAAUGGUUUUGAAAUCCAUGCUGGUGGUACUUCAUCUCGGUCGGCUGCAAAUAUACUGUUGGAAGAUGGAAAAUCUUUGUUAGAGUGCCAGAUACUUUGCAAUAAAAAAAUCAGGAACUUUAAAAGCGAAGCUUCUACUUGUGGUAAAGGUGAUUAUUCUAAAGGUGAGAAUGACUAUAUCUGUUCAAUUUGUCACUUUGGAGGCACAUUAAUUUUAUGUGAUCACUGUCCAUCAUCAUUCCACCAAAGUUGCCUUGGUUUAAAGGAUGUUCCAGAAGGUGAUUGGUUUUGUCCAUCAUGUUGUUGCGGCAUUUGUGGCCAGAACAAAUUGAGUGAACACGCCAAUAUUGUUGAUGACCCUUUCCUCACUUGUUAUCAGUGUGAACGUAAAUAUCAUGUCCAAUGCCUAAGGGGGACCAAAAAGUUUGGAAGCUGUUCUAAACCUCAUUGGUUUUGUAACAAACAUUGUAAAGAGAUAUACUGGGGUCUUCAAAAGCUAUUGGGAAAAUCAAUUCCAGUGGGUGGUGACAAUCUAACCUGGUCACUACUGAAGGCCACAACUUCUUAUGCUGAUUAUUUCAAUCCUCCUGACCUUGAGACCUUAAUAGAAAAUCAGAGCAAGCUCAAUGUUGCUCUCUCUGUGAUGCAUGAAUGUUUCGAACCUGUUAGGGAACAUCACACAGGGAGAGACAUUGUAGAUGAUGUCAUUUUUAGCAGAAGGUCAGAGCUUAAGCGAUUGAACUUUCAAGGUUUCUAUACAGUGCUUUUAGAAAGAAAUGAUGAAUUAGUAAGUGUCGCUGCUAUAAGGGUCUAUGGAGAGAAGGUGGCAGAAGUACCACUUGUUGGCACUCGUUUUCAGUAUCGCCAACUUGGCAUGUGUCGCAUUUUGAUGAAUGAGCUUGAAGAGAGGCUGAGAGGACUGGGAGUUCAGAGGCUGGUCUUGCCAGCUGUUUCUAGCGUGCUCAAUGCAUGGACUACUUCAUUUGGAUUUUCAAAGAUGACUGAUUCUGAGAGAUCAGAGUUUCUUAACUAUACUUUCCUGGAUUUCCAGGAAACUGUAAUGUGCCAGAAAUUCUUGCUGAAGAAUACAGUUGUGCCUAGCUCAUUAACAGGGAAGUCUGAACUUCAUGAUUAUGCCAAGAAAAACAGCAAUAGUUCUGAUAAUAUUUGUGGAUCCAGUGGGAUAACCGAACUUCAUCCAACAGCACAUGCUGAGGAGAGCAGUAUCUUGCAAGGACAACAGGAACCCUUUGCAGCUAACAACAGUGAUAACAGCCCCAGUUCAGAGGUUAACAUGGGGAAGCCGGAGAACCAUCUUCAAAACAAUACGACAAUCCACAUUGACCAAUUUCCCACUUGCUCAGCCGGAGGCUACAAACAUUUUGAGGAUCUCCAAGAGAAUGCUCAUGAUUAUUUGAAGUAUUACAGGCGGAGAAGUAAGUUGAUCAGUUGUUAAUCAAGACUCAAUUGUGCUUUCAAGCUCGACAAUUGCUUUGAACAAUGAUAAUCGCCCACGUGCAUAAGCUGUUUUCUAGAAUUAGUUUGUAGCUUUGAAUUUUUGCGCUAGGACUUUAGGGCUUAGUUUGUGUUCUCUUGUACAGAAUAAUUGCAGGAGAGAAUCAGUAAGCUCAUUUUGGAUAGUUAAGUUUUCUAGAAAUGGGGUGUUGUAAAUAUUGACAUGGAUUAUCAGUUUUAACUUGAUGGGGGCUGAUAUAUAAAUGAUGUAAACCAUGUGGAGAAACAGCUAUUUUGCAAGGGAACAUUUAGAAUGAAAUUUACUUUAUAUAAAUAAUUUG